UGUCUUUGUGUUCCAGAAAAAAAGAGGCAAACUAAUACCAGUGCAGAGCGUUUUCCUCCCUCUCUCCCACCCUCAAACUACUGUGCCUGUCUUUCCAGGACCUCAACUGACAGAUGUCCCUGGUUUGAAAAGGAGGACUUAAAUGAGCGUGAAAAAGCCUGGGUUUUGUUACUGAAAGACAUCAGUCAGGAUCUGCACUGCACAACCUGGGACACAGUGCCCAGCCUUCCGGAGUUCCUGGAAAAGGGUGCUGAGGAGGAGAGUCCAGCACACCAGGAGGUCUUCACAGCUGGAACGAGAGACUUUCCGUGGGUACCAUUCCCACCUUUUCACACAGGACAAUGUCUGAACCCCAAGGAUUUCAGCUCCCAGAGCAACGAGUCACAUACAGGAUGGGGCCAAGCAGAUAAACGUCCCAGUUUGUCACCCACAGCUGAGGAAACCUGCAGGGGAACCAGCACAGCUCGAGGCAAACCUGCAGCUGGGGGAGGCACAAAAGGCAUUCCCGACCUGGGAGCGAGUCCCGAGCCACGUCAGCUCCCUGGACACAGGAGCUCUGCCCAGCCCUUGGCACAGGGCUCUGGGAGAGCUCCCAGCCCUCGGCAGCACCACACAGGGGCUGCACAGAGCAGGGGAGGCAGGAGAGAGGAGGGUGGGAAGGAGCUCCAGCCACAGGAGGGGAAGGUUCCAGCGGGGCAGGACAGAGCUGUGCCUGUGGAGGAGCCUCCUGGGAGCAUUCCUGGGGCCGGGAGCUGCGAGGAGAAGGUGGAAAACCAGAGUGGAGGAUCUUCAGCUCUUGACAGUUGUCCCAUGUGCCUGAUGCAGUUCAGUGGAACGCUCUCCCAGCUGGACAUCGAUGGGCACCUGGCCAGGUGCUUGUCUGAAAGUGCAGAUGAUGUCAUGUGGUGAGUCCAGGAGAACAGAGAGCAAAGGAACAAGGCCAAGGAUGAACCUUUCUCAAAGGAAAAGGAAAAAUGUGUCAAGGAAGCUCAUCCUCGUCUCACACUUUGGGAUCACAAACCAGUAACUCAGUAGAAGGUCAAGUGUCAAGGGUCUUUUUAUUUUAAAUCCUCUCAAAUGCACACAAAGUAGUUCUAGUUCUGAAAAUGGUGCUCUGGGGAGACCCCCAGGGAAAUCAGGCUUGGUGCUCCUGAAAAAGUGUCCUGCUGGAAAUCCCUGGAGCCCCUGCUUGGGCUGAUGCACCAGAGCUCAGACACUCUCAGUCCAGAAGGAACCAGCUGCACAAGAGACAACUGUUACCCUCAUCCAAAAGUUUACCUCUUAGAAAAAAAUGCCAGUAAUCUGUGAAAAAUCAAUUUAAUUAAAAAGUCAUUUCAGCUUAGAAUUUUUCAUUAUUUCACUAAGAAAGUGUAAUUGUACCGUUGAUUCUGUGAGUGUGUCCCUGUUAAACACCCCCCAAACUACAGAAAGGGGUGGGGGUUCCAUGUCUCUGAAGGAGCCCAGCUGAACUCACACCCUUCCUGGGUAGGUCUCUAAGUCAGUAUCAGUGUUAAUCAAGUGAUUAACGUGACUGCUCUAAUUAAGCUGCAGAGAGAACUCUUGUGCCAGUCUCCUGAACUGCACAGGGGGUUCAGGCAGUCCCAGAGCCAAGAGCUGGUUUGUGUCAGUCCCACACAGCCCCAGACACCGAGGGGUGGGACGGGGACCCCCAGCCUGGGGGGGCUCAGC